AUGAUGAACACGGUGGCCCUGGCGAAAUUGAAGGAAUCACAAGAUUUGACGGUGGAUUCGCUCAUGGAAAUCUGUCGUCUCUGUUUGCGCAGUGAUAGUGUUCGUUUUGAUAUUUUCAACAAUGAGGAGGACUACAAAGUACCCCUAAGCCAAAGAAUUUAUGACUUUUACAGGAUAAAGGUUUCUAAAAAUGAUCGUUUACCCACAAAAAUAUGCCAUCAUUGUCUAUUCCAAACGGAAGUUCACACGGAAUUCCGUGAGGGUGUUAUGCAGAAUGAGAAGAGAUUGCGCCAAUUUACAGCAUCUCUCUGGCCAGAUGAUGUAGCAGCGGUCGGGGCUGAAGAGAAUACGGGAAGUGAUGAAGUUGCAGAGGAAGAAUUUGCGGAGAAUGGUACGGAGCAGGAGGAAGUUCCGGAGGAGAUGGAUGAAGAGCGUAAAGCACAAUUGAGGCAUGAAAUGUUCCUGCAGGAUAUGAAGGGAUUGGAAUGCUUCCCGGAUGAUAAUAGCGUUGUGACAGUGGUGGAUCCUAAUAAGGAGUACACGAGCUCAGAGGAGGAGAGUGAGGUUGAGGAGCAUGGGAAAGUGGGAGCUGAAGUGGAGCCCGAAGUGGAUCAGGAGGGUGUGGAUUUGGGGGGUGUGGCAGUGCCGAGUAUGUCGGAAGCACUGAAAAAUAUCUUCAUGUGUCGUUUCUGCGAUACAGCCUUCAGCUCAGCAGCUCUCUGUGGGGACCAUGAGGCUACAUCCCAUCGUCCUGAUGCUCCGUAUGCUUGCAAUUUCUGUGAUUUCAGCUGCACCUACCGCACAUCAUUGAUCCUCCACAUUCGCGACUCCCAUCGCACCGAGAAGCCCUACAUCUGUGCCACGUGCAACAAGGGAUUCGGCAGGCGAUCCGAUCUCAAGAAGCACACCAUCGUACACACAGGUGUGCGUCCAUUCUCCUGCCCGGUGUGCAAUAAGAACUUCUCACGCAACACCAACCUCACGAAGCACCUUCGUAUCCACAGUGGUCUCAAACCGCACGUUUGCUCACGCUGCCCGCGCUCCUUUACCACCCACACGGAUCUAAUGCGUCAUCAGCAGGUACAUUCGGGUGUACGUCCCUUCCGGUGCUCAAAGUGUCCGGCAACAUUCACGCGGCGCGACAAGAUGCUGCAUCACGAACGGGUGCAUUUGCGCAAGAGUGGACAAUUGCCACACACAACGGGAGACUCUUCCUCAGGGCUCGAUCCUGAGAAUAUGGUCAUCUCCCUGGAUCCCUUUGCAAAUAUGAAUCAUCAGUUGACAGUGGAACCAGAGCCCCCACAACCGUGUGACGACGCCCAUCCACGCUUCAGUGUUCCGGAUCAUAUUCAGAACCUCGAUCUCAUGUUCUCCUCCGAGGCACCCACAUCGAAUGACGUCAUCACGUAUGGAGAUCUCAACGGUGGUGGUGGUGGUGGUGGCACACUGUCGGAGGACAACAAGAAGAUCUUCAUGUGCACAAAAUGCCCAAAGAAAUUCAUCAAUAAAUCCUCCUUCCGGGAGCACAUGAACAAGCACACGGGUAUUCGGUGUCAUGUGUGCAGCAUAUGCUCCAAGGCAUUCUCAAGGAAGCGCGAACUCGAUCGUCACAGUAUUGUCCACACGGGUUUCAAGCCCUUUGAGUGUGCGACGUGCCACAAGCGCUUCGGGCGGAAGGAUAAACUCGUGCGCCACGAGAGGAUUCACAUGGAGGGAAAGUUGUUUGCCUGCGCCAUAUGUGAGGCAGCAUUCACGCGCAAAGAUUCCCUGAUACUGCAUCAGAAAAUCCAUGGGAAGUUGACGCUGCCCGAGGAAACGCAAAAGGACUUCCUCGACGUGGCCGAUGGGUUCGAUCCAUCGCGAAUGCUACGGCAAAUCCGGGAAUUUAUCCCACCAAUACCGUGGGCACAGGAAAUGAAUGAACCCAAAGAAUGUGGCUUCUUCCAGGAUAUGCAGCACUGAAUGAAAUAAUAUUUAUGGUGUGUACAUAAAACAAAAGAGAGAGAAGGAGAAAAAAAACUUACAAGAUAGAUAGUAAAUGUUGAAUGAAAUUAAAA